UACCCCUCGCCCCGUCCUACACCAGCCCUCUCUAGGGUUUCUCUCUCCCUCUCUCUCGUCUCACUCUCUCCAUACAUGAAUGAGGAGAACGCCCCUCCCCUCGGUUCCCGAAUCGUCCACCAUUUCCACUCCACAAAACCUUUUCUCCCUUGCAAAAGGCCGCGCCAAUCCCUCCCCAACUUUUCGAAUGAGCUUAACAACACCCCCCACGAAGCAGAAGCCGUCGAGUGCUCCACUCCGGCGAAGACCCCCAAAUCUUCAAAUUCUGAUCACGGCGUUCUCGAUGAGGACCUCGACGAGGCGUUCCUUCAACAAGUGGACGCUCUAUGCGAAGAGCGGUCAGCCGCGAGGAAGGAGAAGCCGGCUGUCGAGGAAGGCAUAAACUCUCGUGAUUCAGAAGCUGGCGGAGAGGAUCUGCGAUCGGAAGGGCCGUCGAGUGAUGAUUCCGUGCCGCAGAAGUACCGCGAGUAUCUGCGGUCGCUGAAUGACGCGCAGAGGGAAGCUGCUUGCUGCGACACUGCAGUUCCUUUGAUGAUCAUCGCUGGUCCCGGAAGCGGAAAGACUUCGACUAUGGUUGGGCGGGUGCUGACUCUACUCAAAGAGGGGAUUGGUCCCUCAAAUAUACUCGCAAUGACCUUCACGACUGCGGCUGCAUCAGAGAUGCGGGAUAGAAUAGGUGCAGUGGUUGGGAAAGCCGUCGCUAAGGAGCUGUCGAUCAGCACGUUCCACUCUUUCUGUCUACAGCUCUGUAGAUCUCACGCCGAUAAGUUGAGCCGGACAGCUGAGUUCCUGAUAUACGGGCAUGGACAGCAGAGACGAGCAGUUAUUGAGGCAUUGCGCUUGGCAGAAAAUGCAAAAAGAAGCGGGCAAGAAAGUGCAGAUUACCAGCUUGACAAAUUUUCUGGUGGUGAUAUUGCAAGAUCAUUUAAAGAGAAAUCAAAGAAGUGGCAGAAGUUUGUGACCCAGGCUAAGGCUUCUGGGAGAACACCUGAUGAAUGCGAGAAAAUGGGCGAUGAGAUUGGAGCUUUGAUUCUUAGACAUUAUAAUGAUAUUCUGAAAUCCUGUGAUGCUCUGGACUACCAUGACUUCAUUAGCUCAUCCACAAAGUUGCUCACUGAUUUUCCAGAAGUGUACCAAGAGUGUCUAGAUAAAUGGAGGGCCAUCGUUGUAGAUGAGUUUCAGGAUACAAGUUCCAUGCAAUAUCGACUUUUAAGAAUUCUCACUUCUCAUAAUCAUGUCACCAUAGUAGGUGAUGAAGAUCAGUCCAUAUUCAGCUUUAAUGGUGCUGAUGUUUCCGGAUUUGAAUCCUUCCGUCGAGAUUUUCCUAAUCACAAGGAGGUUAGGUUAAUUAAGAACUAUCGCUCUACACGCUUGAUUGUUGAGGCUGCAUCAGCUCUUAUUCACAACAACAUUAAGCGGUGCCAUCUAAAACAAGUCGAGACUGAUAAUCCUACUGGGUGUAAAAUCACUGUUAAGGAGUGUCAUAAUGAAGAUGCACAAUGUGCAUUUGUUGUCGAUAAAAUUAUUGAAAUCACGUCUGAUAGUUCAACUCCCAGCUGCACCUUUGGAAAUAUAGCUGUUCUUUAUAGGAGGCAGAUGUCUGGUAAAGCUUUCCAGACCGCCUUCCGCAACAGGAAAAUCCCUUUUAAUGUUCAUGGUGUGGCCUUCUAUAGGAAAAAGGUAAUCAAGGCCAUUAUGGCGAUACUUAAGACAACAUUGCCAGAGCGUGAUGAUGGGCCAUCUCGUCAAGCCUUCAAGGCACUUCUGCCAUGUGAGAAGGAUGAAAAGAAAAAGUUCAUUGAAUAUGUUGAAAAGAUAUCCUUAGCAAGGAAUUGUAGCUUUCUAUCAGCAGCCAAAGACAUCUUCAGUGCGAAGAUCUCAGGUACCUUCAAAAGGAGUCAACUUACUCAAGGACGUAAAGUUUUAUCAACUCUAGAUACAAUGUCAAAACUUGUACAGAAGGAACAGUCAAUUUCAGUAGUUAUCUCUUCAGCAGCAGAUGUGUUACCUCAGAAGUUCCUACUAGAACAGCGUGCAGUAGUUGAUGCAGAAGGUGGAAAAUUGUUGAAUGAAGAUAAUGACUUAAGAUCAGUCCUUCAGUAUCUAAUGGAUGAUGUUUCUGAUUUUCUGUCAACACAUUUUGCUGAUCCAGAGGCAAGAAAGAUUGAAGAGAAAGGAUGCGCACAUACACUUAAGGCCUUUAUAGACUAUAUAACUCUGAGGGAGUCGGAAAAUUUUCAGUCUCGAAGGAGGGAAAAUCAGAAUUCUGUUACAGUAACUACCAUUCAUCAGGCAAAAGGCUUAGAAUGGGAUAACGUUUUCAUUGUUAAGGCAAAUGAUUCUGAGAUCCCUUUGUUGCAUGAGUAUAAUGGCAUUGUAAAGGGUGGGGCAACGUUGGAGGAGGAAAGGAGGCUGCUGUAUGUUGCAAUUACUCGUGCUCGGAAAAAGUUGUACAUUUUGUAUAUCACUGUGGAUUGCGAUUGGCAGUUACUGCAACCUUCACGCUUUCUACAUGAAAUCCCAGCUCACCUUCUUGAGAUCCAGGGUGAGGAUACUUUAAAAGUGGAACGACAGAAUACAGGAAGUAUUCCUUUCAAUAAAUGUGGAUCUGAAUUAUUACCCAGAAAUCAUAACUCUGGUAUUAAUGAGAGCUCAAAUUUCCCAGUAGAAUUUGCUCACAUGUGCCUUAGUAAUGAUUUUUUAAAGAGGUUUGAUAUAGAUGAUAGAUCAACUGUUUCUUGUUUAUUCCACCAUUGGGCAAAAAAGCAGGCAUUUCAACAUCCAAAACGGUUGCUUGACAAGAUCAGCUUUGUCAUUGAUGAGCGUUUAAGAAGCAAAGCUUACAAGCGGAAGGAUGUUCUAUGUAAACUAAAAUCAUCAUUAAGUGGUGAUGAAGCCUCUCAGUAUGCCCAAUAUGUUAUCAAGUGGGAGCAGAUUCCUCUUGAUAAACGUGUUCAUUUGAUGAGAGAGAGACAGGAACAUUUCCAAAAACAGAGAAUAGAGAACUCGAUGGGUUCGUCAGAAGCUACAUCUAAACAGAUUGCAUAUCUAAGGAAUUUGGGGUGCACUGUAGUCCCUACUUCACGCCUUCAUGCAUCACGUCUGAUUGAGCAAUACAAGUCCUUGUGACCCAGAGUAUAAUGUGGAGAUUUUAAGAUGAAACCUAUCUGAUUUUCUCCUAUUAUCUUAUUCUUCGUUUUUUCAUUCUUCUCUUGAGGAACUGAGAAGAGCACGCCGGUGUAAAGCCUGUUCUAUUGAAAAUGUAUACUAACAUUGCCAUGAUAUUUAUGUGAUCGCUGAGUCGGGAAAAUUAA